CGUCACAGGCUGGUAAGGAGAAAAUAAACCAGCCAGUGCCCGUUAGCCGACCGUCUCCACCUCGUCCAUGACCUGGAUCAUGUGUGACGACGACCACCGUUAAAGUCGCGAGUAUUCCCGUGGGAAUUCAACAUUUGCAUCGCUUUUGUUGUCGUUUUAGCAUCGGCGCAACGGGAAUGGCGUUGUACGCGGGCACCACCACCACCACCACCGCCACUAUGGCUACUUCUGUAGCGGCUGUUGUGGCCAUGCUAGCCGUCGUCCUGUGCUCUUCUCCAGUGAGCGCCAACGAGGACUGCCUGUGGUACGUGGACAAGAACGGCACGUGGCACAAUGGCUUCGACUGCCCGCUCGUCACUUUCUGUUGUGGAAACUGCCAGCGGCGUUACUGCUGCCUGGACGCCUUCAAGAUGAUCACUGAACGCGAGCAGAAGCGCUGCAUGCUCUUCCAGUUCAGCCCGACUACGUUAGCUGGCAUUGCCUCGUCCAUCCUGCUCUUCGUGGCCAUCAUUGCCACCAUGGUGUGCUGCUUCAUGUGCUCCUGCUGUUACCUCUACCAGAGACGGCUGCAGAGGGGAAGGACUCCUUAUGACCCCCAGCAGAUCCCAAUGGCUAGCUACCCUGUGGAGCCAAUGUAUGACGCUUAUGGAAAACCACUGGGACCAUCUGACUAUGCACAUGCAGGCUAUCCUAUGGCACCCCAGUACCCAGGCAUGGCUUCCCAGUACCCCAUGAUGCAGCCUGGACCCUAUCCACCUCCUUCUAUGGAUCCUGCAUACAACCAGCCCCCUCCUCCGUACUCCCCGCCCCAGUAUCCUGGUCACUGAUUGGCUCAUCUGAACUCACACACUUACGUUCAUAUAUACAAAGUGGUAACAGCAGAGACAAAGGACUGUUUUUAAAAACGCACCUCAUCAAAUAAUGCUUCAGAGUGUUUAACCAGCAAACAAAAGAAAAAAUAAUAAUAUUUAGCAGGUUAUUUAUUUUUUGUUACUGUCUUAACAACAUUGAACUUUUCCAUGUAUGUCCUUCAUUCGCCAAGCGAAAUAAUCUUUGGGCAGGUUUUGCACAAGAUGCGGUACCACUCCCAAACUGUAGGGGGAGACUGAAAAGAAUGCGAAUAGAAGGAAGACUUCACACUGCAUGAUCAAGGUUUUCAUGUCAGCCCAAAAAAAAAAGGGAAGUCUUGCCUCUGAGCGUCACAUGUUCCAAAUACUUGGCAGGCUAAAUAUUUGGAAGUACUACUGAGAACAGGGUAUGUGUAUUUUCACAUGCCGUCUUAUCGUGUAUCAUUUAUCAUUUCACAGGAAAUGUCUGUUUUGAGAAAGUGCUGACUCAGGGUGAACCUUCCUGGUGGAUGACGAUGUAACAAUAGGGAAAAUUAUGUGAUUGCAGUGCAGAUUCCGCAAGUCUACAAAAAUAAGGUAAAACACACGAAAACAAGAGAGAAAAACAUAAAAGGAAUUAAAAGAGCACAAAGCUGAUGCAACCAGCUGCCACUUCAGUGGCGCCAUUUCUACAGCUACAAAAGUAACCAAAGCAUGAGCAGUCAAUAUAAUCAAUAAUCAGUGAUGGGCAAGCUACCUGUAUAAUGUAGUAAGCUAAGCUACAAGUUACUCUCGAUUAAAUGUAGCUAAACUACAGAGGAAGCUACCCCCAGAGAAUUAUAACAAGCUGCACUGCAACAGUAGCUUUCUACAUCAAAGCUACGUUUAACUGCAUUUCUAUCUAUGAGCCCACAUGUACAAUAUCAAUGUUAAUGUAACUGUGAGUGUACAAAUGGACCCUUACUAUUAACUAUCUGUAAUUUCGCUGGGGACACCCUACAACUACCUCUAGGGGUCCCCGCAACCCAAUCCAUGUAUUUAUUUUAGUUUGCCUUUUCUUUGGCCCACCCCUGUAAUGUUAUCAUUUUCUUUACCAAACAGCAUCUAUUUAUAUCUUGAUGAAAGUUGUUAAUUGUUUUGUGCAGUAGAACUUUUCAUAAACUCAACUCACUUUAAUGUGUAUUCCUAAAUUUAUGUUCCACGUCUUCGACGAAGAGAGCAAUUACGAUUUUGGUUUGCAGAGAAAACAACUAAAAACUAAGGUUCUGAGCAUUGUUUUCUCUAAACGCAUACAUUUGUCUAAAUAUGGCUGAGGGAACGCAUCAUUGUGGGUUUCCUGAACAUCAUCUUCAUCACUAAAGGAAAAAUCUAAUCUGCAUGAGAGAAUUCCUCUGACAUUUUCUAGUACCGUAUUUUUCGGAGUAUAAAUUGCUCCGGAGUAUAAGUCGCACCGGCCGAAAAUGCAUAAUAUAGAAGGAAAAAAAACAUAUAUACGUCGCACUGGAGUAUAAGACGCAUUUUUGGGGAAAUGUAUUUGAUAAAACCCAACACCAAUAAUAGACAUUUGAAAGGCAAUUUAAAAUUAAUAAAGAAUAGUGAACAACAGGCUGAAUAAGUGUACGUUAUAUGAGGCAUAAAUAACCAACUGAGAACGUGCCUGGUAUGUUAACGUAACAUAUUAUGGUCAGAGUCAUUCAAAUAACUAUAACAUAUAGAUGGAUAGAUAGAUAGUACUUUAUUGAUUCCUUCAGGAGAGUUCCCUCAGGAAAAUUAAAAUCAACAUAGAACAUGCUAUACGUUUACCAAACAAUCUGUCACUCCUAAUCGCUAAAUCCGAUGAAAUCUUAUACGUCUAGUCUUACGUGAAUGAGCUAAAUAAUAUUAUUUGAUAUUUUACGGUAAUGUGUUAAUUUCACACAUUAGUCGCUCCUGAGUAUAAGUCGCACCCCCGGCCAAACUAUGAAAAAAAAACUGCGACUUAUAGUCUGAAAAAUACGGUAUGUUACUUUUUUUUGUGAGUGGUCAGCUUGAAGCGUCCCUCUGUCUCCGACUCCCUCGUCGUCAUGUGACAUGAGUGCGCGUCUGUUAUGAUUUUGCUUCCUAGUGUCAAUGACCCGCCUUAUCUUGCCUCUGAUUGGCCAGUUUGUAAUGUUUCGCCCUAACCUUAGCCAAUUGUGACUCAUCAUACAAACACCAACCAAUCAUGGAUUUUCCCCGUAUUUAUGGAUGUUCUCAUUCAUCAAGGUCAUUGUAUUUUCUCCUAUUUUUGGGAGGCUGUGGAUUCGCAGUCCAUUUUCUCUCUGUAGCUUUGAUGUAAGCUACCUCGCAACAUGGCUCUAAAAGUAGCUAAGCUACAGGAAAAGCUACUUGUUAAAAAAGUAGCUAGGCUACCGCCAAGCUACUGGGAAAUGUAGGUAAGCUACGUAGCUUAGCUACAUGUAGCUUGUUACUGCCCAUCACUGUCUAUAAUACAUAAUGCGCACAUACGAUUGCACCAUGCAUAGACAAACAACAACAUGCGAAAGCUGCAAGAAAAGUUGUACAAAACUGGAAGAAAACAUUUUUUGAAAAAGAAGUUGUGACUUUGUAGAAAAAUGUUUUUUUUUUAAGAAAUUUCUCUCCAACAAAAGUUGCACAAUUAAAAGGAAAACUUUACCAGAAAAAAAUAUUUUUGUGAAGGAAGUCAACAGUCAAUUUAAGUCUGCGUUUGUGUAUAUAAUAUAUCGCGUAAAAGUGGAGCUUUGCAAAAAAUAUUACGAGAAUGUCGUCCUAAAGAAGAAAAAAAUCUCCAUUGUGCAAUUAAAUUAUACAUUUUUGAGAGCAAAUUCAAUAUUAGUGAGUUGUAAUAUUCUUGCUUUGGUUUCCCAAUAUUGCAUAGAAAUAAGUGAAUUUUACAAAAAGAAGUACACAAGAAUCAAGUCGUGUUAUUUUUAUUAUUAUUGCACUAAAUUUACUUAUAUCCGAAUAAAUGUAACGCACCAAUGCCAAACUUGGGGAAACAUUUUUUGUGAAGAAAGUUGUGACUUUUUAGAGAAAUUCUGAUUUUUAAAUUUUUAAUUUUUUUUUAAAAAGAAAUUUUACUCAAUAAAAGACAAAUCAAUUUUGUGAAGAAAUUAAAAAAAAAUGAAAAGGUAAAACAUUACAAACAAAAUCUAUUUUGUGAAGAAAUCUAACUGUCUAUUAGGUAAAAAUGUAAGUAUGAAAUAUAUUAAAUAAAAGUAGAGCUUUGCAAAAAUAAUUUAUCAAGAAAGUCCUCUUGAAGAAAGAAAAAAUGUCCAUUGUGCAUAAAUUAAAGAUUUAAUAAGAAGCGAGUAAAUUCAAUAUUCCCACUUUGCUCUCACAGUAUUGCAUAAAACUAAAUACAUUUGACACAAAAAAGGUAAUUUAACAAAAGCUAGGGUGAGGACAGUUGAGGGUGAUUUUAAAAUUAAAAUGUGUUUAUUAAUAUUCAUUCACACAGUUGAUGCUGCUCACAUAAAAACACUCCUUGACUUUCGUAGUAUUCUCUCAAGUAUUUGCAUUAUGUUCAUUCUGUUGUUAAAAGUAUAAUAUUUAUAGCUGGCAGCUAGUCACUGCUUUUUAUUGUUUGAAAACAAAGUAGAAGUACAUUUGAUUCCACUUAUGUGAACGUUAUUGUUGAAUAUUUAUAAUUUCUUGUGGAACAUAUCAUGUUGGAAGUGUUGCUGCUUGAUUUAAUUCAAUGUACAUCCCGCUGUACCGUACCAUCAAAGCAAAUAUUUACUAGUGGAAUAUUUACUUUACGAGCCUCUUCUUCAUCUGUUUAGUGGUGUUUGGAUGAUUGACAUGAAGCUACGGCUUAGCUUAGCACAUUGACUGGACUUAUUCUUAGCCUUUCUGGGUUUAAUUCUUACGUGAAAGUUGACAACUAAUGACGACAUUUGUGUGCGCAGUUACUGAGCCAUUGCAAAUUUGAAACACUGAACUUUAAAAUGCUUUCUCAUUACUUUGUCGCACAUUGUGUGUGUGUUGGGAAAGCGAUAAAAUGGCUUUUUUUGGUGGUGAGUCCGGUGCACAGAAGAAGGUAAGACAUUGUAAUAUAGCAUGAGUGAAGAGUUAUUUCUAAUAACAUAAAAAUUUAACUUUGGAAUGUAAUAAAUGUGUCAGUGUCUUCUGUUAUGAUGGCGAUCAUUGCUCUAAAGCAGGGGUCUCUAACUCAUUUUAGCUCAGGGGCCGCAUUGGAGGGAAAUCUGUGCACACGCGGGCCGGACUAUUAAAAUCAUGGCAUUAAAACUGAAAAAUAAAGACAACUUCAGAUUGUUUUCUUUGUCUUACUUUGGCCAAAAAUAGAACAAACACAUUCUGAAAAUAUUACAAUAAAAAUAUAGAAAAAAAAUACCGGCAGCGGUAAAGUUUAGAUCCAUGAAGGAAAGAAGAAAGUGAAUGAAUGUUUAAAACUGAAUAAAUUUACGUAUGCAUAAAAAAGGGACAAGCGGUAGAAAAUGGAUGGAUGGAUAAAAAUGUUUUCUUUUGUAUUAUUUUUUUUUUUAAAUGAUUUACCGUUUGACAACCUUUUUCCAAAACACAAUAUAGAAUGUGAGGUAUAACAGGAUAAUGCAUACAUUUAUCAUUUGUUUUCAAAACGGUUACAAAAAAGUGGGACCCCAAAAAAUUACUGUGGUUCCCUAUUUUUAUGACUUGAUGGGAUCCCUGGGACCCUAUUUUGAAAAUUCCUCGCGCCAACACUGUUGAGUAUUGGUGCGUGCAAAACAGCAGCAUGCGGCUGUGGCCUGCAAGCCGGUUCUAAUACUAAUCAAUUAUCAUCAUAGGGCCAUAGAUCAUUCAUUGGCGGGCCGGAUCUGGCUCGCAGCCCUUGACUUUGACACCCCUGCUCUAAAGCAGUGGUUCUCAGCCUUUUUUCAGUGAUGUACCCCCUGUGAAUUUUUUUUAAAUUCAAGUACCCCCUAAUCAGAGCAAAGCAUUUUUGGUUGAAAAAAAUAGAUAAAGAAGUAAAAUACAGCACUAUGUCAUCAGUUUCUUAUUUAUUAAAUUGUAUAACAGUGCAAAAUAUUGCUCAUUUGUAGUGGUCUUUCUUGAACUAUUUGGAAAAAAAGAUAUAUAAAUAACUAAGAACUUGUUGAAAAAUAAACAAGUGAUUCAAUUAUAAAUAAAGAUUUCUACACAUAGAAGUAAUCAUCAACUUAAAGUGCCCUCUUUGGGGAUUGUAAUAGAGAUCCAUCUGGAUUCAUGAACUUAAUUCUAAACAUUUAUUUUGUUGAAGUAUUAUUCAAUAAAUAUAUUUAUAAAGGAUUUUUGAAUUGUUGCUAUUUUUAGAAUAUUUAAAAAAAAAUCUCACAUACCCCUUGGCAUACCUUCAAGUACCCCCAGGGGUACGCGUACCCCCAUUUGAGAACCACUGCUCUAAAGCAUGGGUCUCUAACUGAAUUUACCUGGGGUCCGCCUGUUAGGAAUCUAGGUGAGGCCGGGCUGCGUGAAAUAUCCCCUUCACAAUCUCGUUUUAACUACGUGACUAAAUGUGUUAACCAGGGGUGUACAAAAAUGAUAUACAUUCAAAUCGUGAUUCUCAUCCCGAUUCUACGAAGCCCCUAAAGGGACAUGGGGGACAUUUU